AUGGAAACCCAAGGCACCGGCGAUGCGCCAGAACCCAGCAUUACCUCCUCCAGAAUCAGCCACAGCAACCGACCUCCGCAAUCGUCGCAUAGAGUUCAAGGAACCACCGGACCCCCUGGAGACCCCGGUAUCCCGCCAUCGCGCCCGUCCUCCGCGACAACCGCACAAUCAUCCGUCCGCGGCGGAGCAAGCGCAUGGUCCGCGGGCCCAUCUCGACGCGGGAAAGCAUAUCACAGUGGACUUGGGGGAAGCGUUGCGGGAAGUACCGGCGCAGCCAGCACGGGAACACGGCCACCGACAAGCCAUAGCAGGACGCAUGUUCCAAGUCUGGCGUCUCAUGCGUUUUUCCGACCCAUGAGCUCGCAAAGACUACAGGCACAGCGGGGACAGCGCGCAUCGACGACUUCUCACCCGGGGAGUGCAGAUCAAAUGAGUACGUCACCAACGGCCGGGUCCCACGCGAGCACCGGCUCCAAUCCGACUUUGCGAGAUGCGGCGGUGUCGGGAGCGAUGGUUUCGCAUACCCUGACCGACCUGCGGCCUCCACCGUCACGAGCAUCGGAUUUCACGGAAGCGGAUGCAUAUAUGGCUCAAACGACGGGGAACACAUCGCCUACCGGAGCGGAAACGCUGCGGAGCCGAGGAGAGAGCAUCGCUCCUCUGCAACGACCCGCACCGCAGAACUUGCACUUGGAUACACAGAAUCAAUCGAACCAGGCCCCGCCUCAGAAAAGCCCGCGCAGCUUCCGAUCAAGCUUCAUCCUGCCUAGCAGAGGCAGUAGAAAUCCUUCGAACUCGGGUCGCGGACAUGAGAAGCUUCCUUCGGGGGGUUCUAGCCCUAGCGGACAGGACGAUAGCCCUCGUUCGGACAAGAUGAAGCGCGAAGCUCGAGCGCAAGAAAUCAAUCGCAUGCAGAAAGACUUGGGGAAGAAUUAUGAGUACUUUACGGGGAACAUGGUAUUCUUCUGGGGUGGUCGAUUCCAGAACACGCGAGAGAGGCCGGUCAACAUUGCCACUGGCCUGUUCGUGAUUAUCCCCGGAGCGAUCUUUUUCGGAUUCUCCGCGCCUUUCCUUUGGCUUCAUGUUUCACCAGCGAUACCCAUUGUGUUUGCCUAUCUGUACUUAAUAUGCAUAUCCUCUUUCCUUCACGCCUCCGUGACGGACCCCGGGAUCUUACCUCGAAACCUCCAUCCAUUCCCCCCCACACCCGCCGACCAAGAUCUCCUAACCAUCGGACCCGCCCUCACCGCCUGCCACCACACCGCCAUGGAAGUCCCCACCAAGCACUGCAAAACCUGCACCAUCUGGCGCCCCCCCCGCGCCCACCACUGCCGCUUCUGCGACUCCUGCGUCGAAACCCAAGACCACCAUUGCGUCUGGCUUAACAACUGCGUCGGCCGCCGCAACUACCGCUACUUCUUCGCCUUCGUCGCAUCUGCCUCCCUCCUCGGCGCUGCCCUCCUCGCCGCCUCUCUCGCCCACCUCCUCGUUGCCGCCCACCGCGCCAAUCUAUCUUUCGGCGCCACCGUCGCCGCCGCCGCCCCCGAGCGCGCCGCCCUCGCCUUGCUCGUCUACGCCGUCCUCGCCACGCCGUACCCUCUCAGCCUUUUCGGCUACCACGUCUUCCUCAUGGCGCGCGGCGAGACCACCCGCGAAUAUCUCAACUCGCGGAAGUUCUCGAAGAAGGAACGGCAUCGUCCGUUUGACCAGGGGAGUCUCUGGCGGAACUGGGUCGCGGUGCUGGUGCGCCCACGCGGCCCGACGUAUUUGCGAUUCAAGAAAGAUUAUGUCGAGGGUGAUCAGCGGUUGGGGGUGCGGAAGGGGAAGGGGGGGAAUGGGGUGGAGAUGCAGGAGAUGCAAGGACAGCAGAGAAGGGGUGGGUAG